UUGAUUGCGGUGGCGGCGGCCAACCCUGGUUAUGGUUCAGGUGGACAUGGCAAUGGUGGUUAUGGAUCUAGCAGCAGCAGCAGCAGCUAUGAACAAAGCAACUUCCAAAGUGGACAUGGACAGGGCCAAGGCUUCGGAGGUGGACACGGCCACGGCCAAGGCGGCUUCGGAGGUGGACACGGUCAAAACGGCUUCGAUUCUGGACACAGUAGCAGCAGCUUCGAAUCUGGACACAGUAGCAACAGCUACGGUAAUAACGGUCAUGGCCACGGUGGCCACGGUGGCCACGGUGGACAUGGCGGUGGUUUUGGAUCUGGACAUGGCAGCAGCAGCUAUGAACAAGGGAGCAGCAGCUUCCAAACUGGACACGGCAAUAACGGCUUCGGAGAUGGGCAUGGCCAAGGCGGCUUCGGAGGUGGACACGGCCAAAUAGGCUUAGGAGGUGGACAUGGCCAAAUAGGCUUCGGAGCUGGACACGGCCAAAUAGGCUUAGGAGGUGGACACGGCCAAAUAGGCUUCGGAGGUGGACACGGCCAAGGCGGCAUCGGAGGUGGACACGGCCAAGGCUUCGGAGGUGGACACGGCCAAGGCGGCUUCGGAGGUGGACACGGCCAAGGCGGCUUCGAUUCUGGACACAGUAGUAGCGGCUUCGAAUCUGGGCACAGUAGCAACAGCUUCGGUAAUAACCAUGGCCACGGUGGCCAUGGUGGACACGGCCACUUUUAA